CCAAGCAUGCAGGCUUCAGAGGAGGGCUCCAAUCCUGCCACCCCUGUGGCACUGCGCACAUCGGCCUCAGUCCAAGCCCCGGUGGUUCAGCCUGUGCCAGCAUCCCAGCAGCGAGUUUUGGUCCAAGCCACGAGCUCCAUGCCCAAAGGGGUACAGAUGCCUCAGCUGACUCUCCCCAGGGCCCAGCAGGUGCAAACAGUGCAGCACAUCUACCCAGCUGAAGUCCAGUAUAUCGAGGGAGGAGAGGCCGUCUACACCAACGGGACUCUGCGCGCCGCCUACGCCUACAACCCCGAGGCCCAGAUCUACGCCCCCAGCAGCGCCUCUGCCUACUUUGAGCCACAGGGGGGCAGCUCCCAGGUGAGCCCGGGGGCAUCCUCUCCCACCGCCCUCCCCUCCCACAGCAUGGUGGGCCUCGCCCUGGACAGCGGGGGCAGCAGCCAGAUCAUCUCCAGCUCGGGGGCCUAUCUCAUCCAUGGCGGGAUGGAGAACACCCGGCACACCUUGGCGCACACCUCCCGGUCCUCUCCUGCCACGCUCGAAAUGGCCAUUGAAAACCUCCAAAAAAAUGAAGGCAUAACAUCGCACAAAAGCACCCUGCUGAACAGCCAUCUGCAGUGGCUGCUGGACAACUAUGAAACAGCUGAAGGGGUCAGCCUGCCCCGCAGUUCCCUCUACAGCCACUACCUGCGUCACUGCCAGGAGCACAAGCUGGAUCCAGUCAACGCAGCCUCUUUUGGGAAGCUGAUCCGUUCGGUCUUCAUGGGCCUGAGGACACGUCGGCUAGGCACCAGGGGGAACUCCAAGUACCAUUACUACGGGAUCCGCCUCAAGCCAGAGUCCCCCCUGAAUCGCCUGCAGGAAGAUGCUCAGUACAUGGCCAUGCGGCAGCAGCCAGCCCACCAGAAGCAAAGGUACAGACCUUCCCAGAAGUCAGAGGGUGCAGCUGAAGGGGGGCCCAUCAGCACCCCACACACCAGCCCCGAAGAGUCCGUGGCUGCCCAGUGUCAGCACCACCAGCAGUACAUCAAUGUCACCCACGUCCUUCCCGAAUUCCCAGUCCUGAACCUGGAAAAUGUCCUCCUGCAGGAGGGAAUCGAGGCGGACGACCUCCAGACCCUUCAGCUCUUCUACCGACAGCACUGUGAGGCCAACGUCGAGGUCGUCAUGAGCCUCCAGCUGCCGUUCCUCGAGAAGCUCUGGCAGUCCUUCUGGAAUUCCGAGUCCCUUCCCGGCCGAACGGGCGCCGGCCCCACCGGGGCCUCCAGCGAAGAGCCAUACGAAGCCGUCAUUCCGCAACACAAGCUGAUCGCCCUGUGCAAAUGCGAGCCCGUCGUGACGUGGAUGCGGGGCUGCGACCACCUCCUAUACCAAGCCCUCGUGGAGAUUCUCAUCCCGGAUGUUCUCCGGCCUGUUCCCGGCACUUUGACCCAAGCCAUCCGCAAUUUUGCCAAGAGUUUGGAGGGCUGGCUGAUCAGCGCCAUGAGCGAGUUCCCCCAGCCUGUGGUCCAAAGCAAGGUGGGCGUGGUGAGCGCCUUUGCCCAGACCCUGCGCAGGUACACGUCGCUGAACCACUUGGCCCAGGCUGCGCGGGCCGUCCUCCAGAACACGUCCCAGAUCAACCAAAUGCUCAGCGACCUCAACCGUGUGGACUUCGCCAACGUCCAGGAGCAAGCCUCGUGGGUCUGCCAGUGCGAAGAGGGCCUGGUGCAAAAGCUGGAGCAGGAUUUCAAGCUGACCCUGCAGCAGCAGAGCUCUUUGGACCAGUGGGCCAGCUGGCUGGACGACGUGGUCACCCAGGUCCUGAAGCCGCACGAGGGCGGGGCCGGCUUCCCCAAGGCAGCCCGGCAGUUCCUGCUGAAGUGGUCCUUCUACAGCUCCAUGGUGAUUCGGGACCUCACCUUGCGCAGCGCCGUCAGUUUUGGCUCCUUCCACCUGAUCCGCCUUCUCUACGACGAAUACAUGUUCUACCUGGUGGAGCAUCGGGUGGCUGAAGCCACAGGGGAGACGCCCAUCGCCGUGAUGGGAGAGCUCAGCGACCUCACGUCCAUGUCUCCGGCUGUGCUUGAGAAAGACGGCUUCAGCCACCUGGGGGACGAGGCAGAGGCAGAGGCCCGGUGUGCCGGCAAGCCCCGGGUGAAGCGCGAACACAGCGACCCCGGCCCGUCCUUGCAGCAGAUCUAGCCUCGGAGCAGGCAGGCCGUGCGCACUUUGCUCCUUACGCUGCUGAGAGUGCCAAAGCUUUCCAGAAUGCCCGCGGGGACACGCAGGUCCCCCACGAUGGCAUCGUGCCUCUUAGUUCCUCCUCACGUGUACGUGUCGUCGCCGAAGACGGGCCGGCGUCCAGCCAGGCGGUUGACUGGAA